AUGGAUCAAACAAACAGUGACCUCAUUAGCAUUGAGAAGGAAGAAGAAGACCUCAAGAAACAAGUGGCAGACGAACAGAAGGCUUUCUUCCAGCAUCACUGGGAGGAAGACGAAAACGAUCUGCUGGACUAUUCCAAGGGCAAGACCAGCGACGAAGAGCUCGAUGUUGAGACUUUUGCUCUUGAACUCCAUGUAGCACGCUCAUCACUCGUGACCUUUGACUUGUCAGACGGGGAGCUGGAUUACCAGCUCAUCACAUCCGACGUGCUGGGGCUGCCGAAGCCCAAAUUUGUGGACUGGGAACUUUAUCUGCCUGAGACAGGAAACAUCGAAGACGACAAUCCGAUGUGCAUCCCUGAAGCCUGGCCGCAAGAGAUGAAGGAGGUGCGAAAGAAGGACAGGAGGAGGAAAGAGAUCAAGAGGAGGAGGGGAGGGGGGGAGAGGAAGAAUAAAGGGCAUCAAGAGGACAUGGAGUAUGUGCGGUAUAAGUUAAUCAAGGCGUGGGAUUCCGAGGAGCAGGAGUUUCUCAGCUUCUGCAAGGGAGGAGAAAAUCUCCUGCAGGCCUCUUGCUCUAGAGAUCGCCAGCUCCAGCUGUGGGGGCUCAGACAUGUGCAGAGUGUCGGAAGAAGCCGUGAGGGCGCGUACUUGGCGCUGGCCUUGGCGCUGCGACGCUCCUCCUCCUCCUCUGCGACCAGCUGGUACGAGCAGGGCGCGUCAGUGCAGUCGGUGGCUGAGGAGCUGCAAGCGAAGGUGGAGCAGGAGCUCGCGGCAGAGGAGCGGGAGGAAGAGGGCUGGACUGCUGGGCUGGAGCUGCAGGCCAUGGCAAAUGCGUGCGGGAUGCGGUUGCGGGUGAUGCGGGUGGGGACAGGUGGGAUGGAGCAGGAGGAAAAAGUGCCAGAGAGGGAGGAGGCACACGGGGAACAGCUUGACAAGGAAGACACACGAGGGGGUGAGGGAGAGGAGGUAGAGUUGAAGAAGGCUUUCCGUGCAGACGAGGGAAAGAGGGAGGAUGUUCUGGUGCUGUGUAUGAACGGGAAGCGAGUAUGGGCAGCGGUGGAGGGGAGCAGGCUGGAGGAGGAGGGAGGGCUGAAGGACAAGGAAUGUGUUGUCGGAGAGAUGAUUGAGGAAGGGAGACAAGAAUCGAAACUCAUGGCUGCCUGCAUGAAAGACCUCGUAGACAACGCGCUGGAAAGCUCUUUCGGGCUCAAUGGCUGUCGAUCGAUGAUGGCGAUACUAGGGGAGGAGGAGGGAUGA